AUGAUGUCUUAUCUGAAGCAGCCACCUUAUACAGUCAACGGCCUGAGUUUGUCUGCCUCCGGGAUGGACCUACUUCAUCCGUCUGUCGGCUAUCCAGGUGAGGGCAUGGAUCUUCCUCAUACAGCCACCCCUCGUAAACAGAGGCGCGAGAGGACGACCUUUACGCGUGCUCAGCUGGACAUUCUGGAGAACUUGUUCGCCAAGACGCGCUACCCAGACAUCUUCAUGCGCGAGGAGGUGGCCCUGAAGAUCAACCUACCUGAGUCUCGUGUUCAGGUAUGGUUUAAAAACCGAAGGGCGAAGUGUCGCCAGCAGGCACAGCAGUCACAGAGCGGCGCGCAGAGCAAGACCAGACCCGUCAAGAAGAAAAGUUCCCCCAUCAGAGAAGCCAGCUCCGAGAGCGGUGCCAGCGGCCAGUUCACACCGCCCCCCAGCACCUCAAUCCCGGCCGUGAGCAGCAGCAGUGCCCCGGUGUCCAUCUGGAGCCCGGCCUCCAUCUCUCCUCUCUCUGACCCACUCUCUACCUCCUCCUCCUCUUGUAUGCAACGGUCGUACCCGAUGACCUACACCCAGGCGUCCGGAUACAGCCAAGGCUACACCGGAUCCUCAUCGUAUUUCAGCGGGAUGGACUGUGGGUCUUACUUGGCGCCUAUGCACCACCAGCUCUCCGCGGCGGGCUCCACAAUGAGCCCCAUGGGCAGCAACGGGGUAUCCAGCCACCUGAGCCCGGCUUCUUCCCUCUCCACGCAGGGGUAUGGGGCAGCGGGACUGGGCUUCAGCGGUCCCACAGACUGCCUGGAUUACAAAGACCAGGCCGCGGCCUGGAAACUCAACUUCAACGCGGAUUGUUUGGAUUACAAAGACCAGUCGUCGUGGAAAUUUCAGGUGUUGUGA